GAAAUAUAAAUGACCAAAAAAUGUCGCCGACUUAAUCGGAAUUUGAAAAACAUUUAACACAGAUCCAAAGAGUAAAUUUUGGCUGGCGGGAGAACAGUCCUUGGGGAAAAGCGUUUUACUUAUUAUAAGCCUCCACCCUUACUUGAUAAAAGAAGGGGAACCGGGAUUGAGAGAAAAGGAAAGAGAGAAAGGGCGUUAUAUCGAUUGAUCGAUAAGACAGAAGAAAAGUUUUCACUGCUGUUAGACCGACAGUUAAUUCUAGUCGCUGAUUUUAAAACGCCGGGGGUUGCUUUAAUGUGCAAAGAUUUCCUCGUAGUAUAUAUAUAGAGUGGUCAGCGGCUAGGACAGAGUGAGAAGGCAAAGAGGAAGACCCGGAAAAGACUUUGCCCACAGCUCUUUGAUCCUCGGCAAUGGGAUUAUAAGGAAUAAUUAUUAUCAGAAAAAGAGAAAAAGGGGAAAAAUGAAGAUGGAACAUUUUCCAAUAGGACGAGACAAGCAGAAAAAUUAAGAUACAAAACAGAAUCCGAGAAGCGGUUCCGGCAUUUUUAAUCUAUCGGCGGAUGUUAUCGGCAAAUUCGACAUUCCAGCUUGUCAGAAUGCAAUUCCAACGACAACUUUAGAAAGACAAAAAAAAAGAAUACCGGACGUACAAAUUCCCAGCAUUGUUGGAGUCAGAGACAUAUCGAAGAAUAUUGGCACGUGUAAGAGGAAGAAGAACCCAUUUUCUUGGCUGAUAAGAGGAGAAAGAAUUUAUUGAGUAGUAUAUACAUCAAACACUUCUACAAUCGGAGCAGAGUGACAGAACACAGAGAAAGAGAAAAAAGCAACCCCCUUCAGAUAUACCAGAGUUUGCAGUCUUCUCUAGCUGCCAAGCUCGUCAAAGUGAUUUAAGUUCUUAAUUCUUUACAGCGACAGAGAGUGAACACAUUUAUUUUUCUGUGUUUUUUCCUUCUCACUGUGUAAAAUUCUACCCCAUCUCCCGUGUCCUGUAUAUUUGCUAUUUCAUGCUGUUCACCUGAAGAGGAGAGAAAAAAAAUGGCAGACAGAUCAAAGAAUACGGCCUGAUAAGGUGAUAAUUUGUCAUUUUGAAUGAGGACAUUUCCUGGGUGAUUCAAGACGAGAACGCUUCCACUUAGCCACAAUGAGUUGUCGCUAUCAACACAUGAGCUACGAUGUCCCCCUCUUCAAAGUCCUCACGUGUUCUUUCUGUUAUGUGUACAUGUUUAAGCCCGAAGCAACCCAACUCCGUUUUGAUUUUACAAGAGCUGGACCAGUGUUGAAAGCUGGGCCCGAGGGGAAUUUUAAAUAUUCAUAUCCACCCGGAUUUGUGUACAGGGCCGAUUUGGAUAAUAGUUCCAUGGUGACACAGAUUUGCGAGCCUCUCAGUGAAAGUGAAUGUGAAAAGUGGACGACGUGUUGUCAGACGGCCACCAAAUGUUGUCUUCGUCAGCAGAACCUGCCGACUGCGUCACAGAAUUGGUCGCACUGUCCGCGGACAUGGGAUGGGUUCGGUUGCUUUGACGACACCUCGGCCGGAAGUACCGCAUAUAUCUCAUGUCCGUCGUACGUCGAGCAUGCAAGCGAUCAAGAGACGGCCUACAAAGUGUGCUGGCCAAAUGGUACCUGGUACGUCCACCCCCACACAGGCAAACAAUGGUCCAACUAUAGCACAUGUGUCCACGGCAAGGUCAAGGAUCAGAUGGUGCUUAUUUACCUUGGGUUGGGCUGUAACCUGAUCAGUCUAUCUCUGCUGAUUCCUUCCUGUGCUAUCUUCCUAGCAUUCAGGCAACUGAGGAUCCAACAACGAGUGCGGCUCCACAUUUGCUUUUUCUCGUCCUUCAUAGCGAGUGCCAUUAUAGCGAUAUUGUGGGACUUCAUCGUGGUGUCCGACAGGAUGAACAGUCCGGGGGACGAAAGCGCUGUGCAACAAAACACGGGAGGGUGCAAGUUUCUGUACGUCCUGAAGCGCUACACACAGUCAGCCACCUACUUUUGGAUGUUCUGUGAGGGAUUCUAUCUCCAUCGACUUAUCGUCCGAGCGUUUGAGAUCCCCAAAUCGCUCAUCAUUUACUACUUCAUUGGAAUUGGUGGCCCCUGGAUAUCAACCAUUGUGUACGCCAUCAUAAAGGCCUCCGUGUCAGAAUAUGACCAAAAAUGCUGGGUCAAUAACAUCAAUGGAUUCGAGUGGUUGAUCUAUACGCCUAACCUUCUAUGUCUGUUUGCCAAUGUGUUCUUUCUCGGAAACAUCCUGUAUAUUCUUUUGACGCAACUACAGUCUCAUCCCAACGAACCUAGUGGCUACAGGCGAGCUAUCAAGGCCACUUUUGUUCUCAUCCCGCUUUUCGGAAUCCAAUGGGGCCCAGUCAUUUACAGACCCGCUAAUACAAUGUGGUACGAGGUGCUCCGAAUAGUUAUCCAACAUACCCAGGGUGCAUUCGUUUCAUUGAUAUUUUGUAUCUUUAAUGGCGAGGUACAUGGGCACCUGAAGAACUGCUUCAGUCGCAUUUCCGGUAGACCUCUAUACAGGCCUCGGCGCGAACUCAGUACUACUUCCGGUACUGUGUAUACGCAGGUGCGAACUUCCACUGCCGUGGAUUUCAACAGAGACUCUUAUGUGCGAGACUCGUUCAACCGUGACUCAUAUGUUCGAGACUCGUUCAACCGUGACUCGUUGCACAAAGAUGACCCAGUGUCAAACGGGAAAGCAGAAACUGUUCCAUUGAACUCCAACGAAUCGUCUUUUUCUGGCGAUAAACAAGAAAAUGGAUUUUUAAUGGAGUCGGAAUUGAAGUGAAUAUUUGACUGUACUGGUGACAUAAACCAUUUAAAUAACAAUCAUUUAUUUUUUGUUCUUGAAGAAUCGAAUACUUAUUAUUUUGAUAAUGUUCACAAAGAAUUAAUGUAUGCAGGACUAUUUUCGCCUAUCGAUACACUGAAAAACGGUUUCGCUUCGUCGUGAAUUCGUCCAGACACAGUGUAUAAUAGAUACUCUUUCUAAUCAACUCAGUGAUUAAAAAAUGUUGUUGAAAUUGCUGUCUUGAAUUCGCCCGUUGAAUACGAGGGCGAAAGGGGCGAAAACAAAUGGAGGCGGAUAUUUCUUUGUAAAGACUUUCAUGAGAAACUGGUAAAUUGUUAUUUGAUGGCUGCAGUAUCAACGAAAACUAGACAGUAUUGCGUAUAAGAUCACAUGCAUUUAAUCAAUAAAUCAAUCAUCAAGCGAUCUGUCAAUCAACCGGUCGAUAUAAUAAUCAAUCCAUUGAUUCAUUCUGUUUAUUUGCUUAACUCUGCUAAGCUAAGGUUGACAAUAGUUUUCGAGGGGUGUCAAUUUCAACUGUUAUCCUCCCAAACAGGCACUAUUUAUUUUAUUAUACUGAAUGUCUUAAUUUUAGAGAAUUUUUUUACUACUUUUAUAUAGAAAUGACAUGAAUUCUAGGGCGAACCGUACGCGCAUGAUUUACGCGCAUGUAACAAUUCGUUGUGAUACCCGUUGCUAAGUGCGUUGCUAACGCUGAGGGUAAUAGAACGGAUUAUCAACUGCGUCUAAACCAAUCAGAAUUCAGUAUUUAACAUGAAAGUAUAAAAAUAUAUUUUGCUUUCUAAGGAACUCCGAUAUAAAGACAUCUAAAUUUUAAGGGAUUUAGAAAUCCCAUUUCAUAUCUCGAAGCACGUACGUACAAUACUGAGAUACUGUGGAAUCGUUAGAUUUCGUAGUGGCUCGAUUUUUUAAAAAUUCUUGGAUACCUUUCAUCGACGAAUUUUAAAACAUCCUCCAUGAAUUUGUAAAUAAAGGUUAUAAAGUCAUUUUUCUUUUCGAAAGUAUAAGAUAAUACACACAAUUACAUCACAAAGAACCUGUAAAAUUUAAGCAAUCCACGAAAAUUGGCCCCCAUGAAUCUAAUGACUCAACAUAAGUUGAGAUAAUCUUUAUACAUGUAUGACGAAUUGAAAAUAUUUUUCCUAAGGACUUUUUUAGAAGCCAAUUUUACAGUACGAUGUUCAUUUAAUUAAGAUACUACAUCUUUUAUCAUUUCUUCAAAGCAAGUGUGAUGUCCGCGGAUUUUUUGACAUAAUAGGUAUUCAUACCAUUCAUCUAUUUAUAGAAAAACUCGUUAUUAAUCUAAAGGUAAAUGCGUUUUGCUCUGCUAUGUAUUGAAGUAUAUGUAUUCCUGUAUCAUAUCGCGUUGUGAGCUAAUAUUAACGCCUGCGAAUACAUGGUUUGAACGUAUCGAUUUUGCUCCUAAAUGUCAUUUGAAUUUUUAUUUAUUUGAUUUUAAUAUUUUAUAUUUUGAAGAGAUGAUACUACUCCUGAACCAGGGUAAGACUGUAUUUAAUUGUUUCAAGUUUAACAUAAUUGUGUAUGUGUACCACAACAAUAACAUAUAACGCAUGUAGGUAACACUUGAAGGAAUACUCCCAUGCAUUCAAUAACGUGUUUCGUACAUCUAAAGCGUAUAAUAUUAUGCACGUUUUUACAAACGAAGUUAUUUUAUCGGUAUUUCGGCAAAUGUUGUUGUUAGAAAUACGGUAGGUUCCAAUUUACUGUCUACGAGAUAAUAAUAAAUUCUCAAUUAUUUUUAAAGAAAUAAGUUUUAAUCCGUAAUAAGCAAGCUUCUAAUUAUAUAAUCAGUGUAAUCAUAAAUGUGUUAGGUACUAUGGACAAUGGAGCAGAUUACACCGAUUUCUGCGAAUCUUUACAACUUUUUAGAGAAAAACCAAAAAGCUAAUUAAAUAAAUUAGAACGAUCUGGUAUUCUAUUUAGAGCAUCGAAAACAAUGGACCUGAGAUGCAUUCUGCCCACUACAAAAAGGGAAUCAACUACUAAUGGGAACAAUCGCAACUUCUCGGGCCUUUCCGGCAGAGCUCGGAAAAGGCCCGAAAUUUGCGACUGCUAACGGGAACAAUCGCAACUUCUCGGACCUUUCCGGCAGUUGCGAUUGCUAACGGGAAUUUUUUUCUGUUAUAGACAAUUCGAUCUUUUUCUAUUCCGUUGUGUUGCAAGGUAAAUUCCUUUAUAUGUCUGACUAUGUCUAUGUUAAAUUCUUAUGAAUUUUUUAUUUAUAUUAUAUGAACUUAUUGUGCAAGUGGCAUUUUUAUUUUAUCAUUAACUUUUUUUAUAUAUUAAGUCUUACUAUAUGUUGUGUCAACUUGUUAUAUAUGGUGAUGAUGACGAUCAAUUAAAUAAAAUUGAUCAAAACUGAC